AUGGCUACUCCUACUGUACUUACUUUCGAUGCUGAGGGCCGUCCAGUGAAGUUCGAAACCUGGCUCGAUGACCUCCACCUCUUUCUACAGCUCACUGCUAAGGAGGACGUUUCACUGUACGAUCACGCCCUAGGCAACGCUACUGCCCCUCCUACCACUGCUGACAGCACUCAGCGCUCACAGUGGCAGACUCGUGACGCCCACGCUCGCUUCGCUAUUCGUAACUCCCUACCGAUCGACGAGCGCGAGCACUUUGGCCAGCACAAAACUGCUAAGGACCUGUACACUGCUGUAGUCGCUCGCUACUCCUCCCCCGCUUCUGCCACACUAGGCCGCCUCACUCUCCCCUACCUGUUCCCCGACCUGGCCUCCUUUCAGACAGUUGCUGACCUCAUCACCCACCUUAAGACCAGUGAGGCCCGCUUUCGCGCUGCUAUGCCUGACGAGGGUGUUCCCCUUCCCCUCUCCUCCCCUCUGUCGCCUCUGCUGCUGCUGUCGACCUCCUUGGUGCUGAGAAGGUCGGGGCCGCGUCUGCUUCGAGCGGGCGCCGCAAGAGCAAAGGGGGCAAGGGUGGAGGUGGCGGCGGAGGAGGUGGGGGUGGAGGCGGUGGGAGUGGAGGAGCGGCUGGGGAGGCUAGUGGCGGCAGUGGGGGUGGUGACAGCAGCGGCGGGAGUGGCGGCAGGGGUGGAGGCGGCAGCGGAGGCGGAGGUGGUCGUGGCAGCGGCAGGGGUGGAGGUGGCCGAGGCGGUGGCGGCGGCAGUGGUGGUCGUGGAGGCGCUGGCGGUGGCCAGAUACGUCAUUCGCACUGGUGACGGCACUGGCCAGCAGUGUGGGAGGCCGCAUCCCACACAGCGCUGUUUCGCGCGCCUUACUGAUGCGUGGCGUGCCCAGUUUCCUGAUGCCACUGAGCUGCCCCGCUUUGCUGAUCUGGAGAAGAAGGGAGUUGAUAUCUGGGCUUUAGACUUUGAUGCUAUUCUCACUGCCAUGUAUGCGAUGUUUACUAGUGGAGAGGGUGCUCAGUACUUGCGUGUUCCGCCCGACCUGGGCAUUCAGGCCAGUCCGGCUGCCGCUCUAGGUGCUAGUGAGUCUGCUGCCCCAGGUCCUGGUGAGGCUGCUGCUCUAGGUGCUAGUGAGUCCGUGCCCUCUGGUACUGAGUCGACUGCAGCACUGCACACCUUCACACUGGACUCAGGUGCUUCUCGCUGUUUCUUUCGUGACCGCACUGCCCUUGAGCCGCUUGCUCGGCCAGUUGCUGUCUCCCUAGCUGACCCCUCAGGGGGUCCGGUCGUUGCGACCUCCUCCACUGUCCUUCCUUGUCCUGCGGUCCCGUCAGGCACACUGUCAGGCCUCUACCUCCCCUCGUUCUCUACGAACUUGGUGGCAGGUAGUGCGCUCCAGGACGGGGGUGUUCACCAGUUCACCCCUGCUUACGAGCGUGUGAGCCACUUCACGUGUGCUCGGACGGGCCGUCACCUGGCUACCUUCACUCGGCAGCCGGGGUCGGACCUGUACACACUGACCACUGAGUCCCCUCAGGUAGCUGCGUCCGCGUCUGCGUCUGCGUCAGGUCAGCUGUCCGCCCCCUGCUCGUGUCGCUCUCUGGCGCAUGAGACUGUCCUCUGGCACCACCGCCUUGGUCACCCGUCUGUGCAGCGCCUUCGGGCCAUGCACAAACGGGACCUUGUUGCUGGUCUUCCCAGGGUUCUCCCUCCCCUCCCACCCUCGCCUGCUCCUCCCUGUCUUCCCUGUGUCGAGGGGCGGCAGCGCGCCGCUCCUCACUCCUCCUCCUUCCCCCCGACGACUGCUCCUUUGCAGACGCUCCACAUGGACGUGUGGGGCCCAGCCCGCGUCCGUGGUCAGGGUCAGGAGAGGUACUUCCUGAUUGUUGUUGACGACUUCUCGCGCUACACCACGGUCUUCCCCUUGCGCACCAAGGGUGACGUCCCUGAUGUCUUGAUCCCUUGGAUCCGCAGAUCUCGUCUCCAGCUCAGUGAGCGUUUCCGCUCCGACUUCCCUGUCCUGCGUCUGCACUCUGACAGAGGUGGGGAGUUUUCCUCUGGCCUCUUGGAGGCCUUCUGUCAGCAGGAGGGCAUUGAGCAGUCGUUCACGCUUCCGGCCUCUCCACAGCAGAAUGGGGUUGCUGAGCGCCGCAUUGGCUUGGUCAUGGAGGUCGCUCGUACCUCCUUGGUUCAUGCGGCUGCCCCCCACUUUCUGUGGCCGUUUGCAGUCCGAUACGCUGCGCAUCAGCUCAACCUCUGGCCCCGUGUCUCCUUACCGGAGACUUCUCCGACACUGCGUUGGACGGGAGAGGCUGGCGAUGCGUCGCGUUUUCGGGUCUGGGGAUCUCGAGCUUUUGUUCGCGAUACGUCCGCGGACAAGCUCUCCCGUCGAGCUGUCCCCUGUGUCUUCCUUGGCUUUGUCCCGGACGCGCCUGGUUGGCAGUUCUACCACGCCACCUCGCGUCGUGUCCUGGCCUCUCAGGACGUCACUUUUGACGAGUCCGUCCCCUACUACCGCCUCUUCCCCUACCGCACUGCCCCGCUCCCCCCCCCGCCUCUCUUCCUCGCUCCAGGUGCUGAGGUACCAGACCCCCUCCCCCCUCAGGGUGCCGCUCCCUCAGGUGUGUCCCAGGUAGACCCGGUUGAGCCUGUCGAGGUAGCUGUUGACUCUCGUCCUGCUGGGGGUACUGAGCCUGACCGUGAGGAGUCUGAGGGUGCUGAGCCUGGGGGUGCGGAGCCUGGAGGUGCUGAGCCUGGGGGUGCGGAGUCUGGAGGUGCUGAGCCUGGAGGUGCUGCGUCUGGGGGUGCUGCGUCUGGGGGUGCUGAGCCUGGGGGUGCUGAGCCUGACCGUGCUGAGUCUGGGGGUGCGGAGCCUGGAGGUGCGGAGUCUGGAGGUGCUGAGCCUGGGGGUGCUGCGUCUGGGGGUGCUGUGUCUGGAGGUGCUGAGCCUGAGCGUGCUACACCUGGAGGAGCCCUCUCCUCCCAGCAGCUGCAGGAGAGGUACCUGCAGUACUGCCGCCUCUGGAGAGGUGCUGCUGGAGCUCGUACCAGUACUUCCCCUCCUACCCAGGAGCUCCCCCCCAUUCAGCAGAUCCGAGAGUGGUACGCGCGGCGCUGCAGUCUUCGGAGUGGUGCUCCUAGUGCUGCGGACCCUGGGGGUGGCGCUGCUGCUGGUACUGAGGACCCGGGCGUUGGAGCUGCUGCUGGUGCUGAGGACCCGGGCGGUGGCACUGCUGCUGGUGCUGAGGACCCAGGCGGUGGAGCUGCUGCUGGUGCUGAGGACCCGGGCGUUGGAGCUGCUCCUGGUGCUGAGGACCCGGGCGGUGGAGCUGCUGCUGGUGCUGAGGACCCGGACGUUGGAGCUACUGCGGGUACUGAGGACCCUGCUGCUGGUGUCUCUGCUCGUUCUGGAGACGCUGCGCGGCCGCGACCAUACUUCGUACCGCUCCUUCAGCAGGUUCUUGGUCAGACUCCUCCUCCUUGUCCUCCUCCCUCCGUAGAGUGUCCUCCGCCUGUCCCGCCGCAGUCACAGUUACCGCCUGCCUCGCCUCUCCCUUGUCCCUCUCCUUACACUGGUCCCACGGGAGGUCUUACAGAGCGUCGUGAGCUUGAGUCUCGUCCUGCGUCGCCUGUUCGUACUGCUCGCACUGGUCGUCGUGUCCCACGUGAGCGUCCUCCUCCUGUCCCUGGCACUCACUACAUGACUCUGCGUCCCUCCACUGCUCCUCAGCGUGUCCCGCUACCGUCUCCUCCCGCUUCCUCUCUUCCUACUCUUCCUGACCCGGAGUCUGACUCCCGUCGUGCUGCCAGUCCCACUAUCACGCGUCUCCUCGCUACUGUUGUCACUGACCCUACCUUUGAGUCCUCUGCUGCGUCUGCGCUGGUCGCUGAGCUGGUUGACUUUGCUGCCCGGUGUCGUCUAGACUACGCUGCUAGCCUUGUCGCUGAUUGCCCCUGA